UAUGCAAUCUCUUUUUGUUAAAUGUUAGAAAUGUCAAUAAAGACCUGCAACGAUCAAAUGUAAUUAAUGUAGAUAUGGGUAAACAUUUCGAUUAUGUUACUCAUGUGAUUCCCAAAUUCACAAUCGAUCUGGUCCAAUAGAUUAGUAACAUAAAACAGAAAUUAUACCUUAUUAGGGUAUAAUACCUUAAUUCACAAUUUAGAAAUGUAUUAGAAAAACUAAAGUUUUGUUCCUGUUCCUUAGAAAAAUGAUUAGAGAAAUUCAUUAAAAAAAAAUGAAAUGAAACCCACAGGUCAGGUGCCAACUAAAGAUUAUUUAAGCAAUGAUUCUAAAAAAUAAGAUUACUCUAAAACAUUUGAUGUCAAUAGAGUAAACAAUAAACAUGACUAUUUGGAGAGAAAGAUAGAUAGUAAUGAUAAAAGAGUUGAUUAGUAAUAUAUAUCAGGUAAUAAAAGGCCCUAUUCAUCAAACUAGAAACACAAUCUUGAUCAAGAUAGAGGAUCUCAAUCAAUUAUUAAUUAAUUAAAAGAAGAACAAUAAUAAACAGAAAGAUUAAGAGCUGAGCUGUCAUUAGCAAAAGAUAAAGAGAAAGAAUUCUAAAGAAAAUUGUAAUAUCUUAAUAUAUAUAUAUUUAUUUAGAUAAAAAGUUGAAUAAGAUUAUGAAUAAAGAUCAAAAGAUGAUAAAUAGAAAAUUGUAUAAUUGACAGAUGAGAAUAGAAAUUUGAAUAAUAAAAUUAGUUAAGCAAGCAAACAUUUAUAAGAUGAAGUUAAUAAAGUUAAGAAACAAUAUUCAGAAUAAAUCAAAUAGUUGGAGUAGGCAUUACAGGAGAAAACAUAAGAAUUAGAAAAUAUUGCUGAAGAUUAUAAUUUAGUAUUUAAUCUUUUCAGUUCAUUAGGAAGAAAUUCAAUCAAUGAUAGAAUAACUUUAAUAAGAAUCAUCAAUGAAAGAUCAAAUUAUAGAAUAAUUGCAAUCAUAAUUGUAAGACAACUAAGAAGCUUAUCAUGAAUUAUAAGAUAAAUUGGCAACCAAUUCAAAGCAAAAACAAUAAUCAUCAAAUAAGAAGUCAUCUAAGAGCUAAGAUAAUGAAAAGGAUGAAGUCAUAUAAGAGUUGGGUUAAUAAUUAGAAGCUAAAGAUGAAGAAAUUCACAAAUUGGAAGGUUAUCAAUUAAUAUAAAUAUAUAGAUUUAAUUGAAAAUUUCAAACAACUCUAUCAACAUAUGAGUGAUGAAAAAUAAUAAUUAUAAGAAGAAGUUGAUAAAUUAGCUAAUGAAAAUAAUCAAUUCAGGGAAAUUUUUAGUGUAUCUUUUUAUCAUAAUUUAUAGCAAAAUCUACAUUUAUUUGGAAUUGAUCCUGAAUAAUUAAAUGAAGAAGGAGAAGAGGGAGAAAAUGAAUAUCCAGAAGAAAUUGCUGAAGAGAAUGAUGAGCAAAAUGAUUGA